AUGAAUCGCACAAAGCAUGACCCCCAUACCCACCACCGUAUCGGCCAGCUCGUCGAGCCGGACUCAGACGGCUACGUCGUCCGCCGCUUCCCGACUGACCACGUCGAAGUUUACGGCGAAAAUCCCACCAACCUAGAGAUCGCCGGCGGGACCGGCCACUUCAACCUCUUCCACGUCCGUUGCCACGCCGCGCCCUCCGCGGCGGAUCAGAAACCUUCGUGCCACACCGACUCCCUCGUCAUUGCUAUCCAUGGCAUCUGCCCGCCUCAAAACAGUCCGGACCAGCCACCGACGAAAUCCGCCGUCGGCGUCUACCUUGGUCCCAACAACGUCGCAAACCGCGCCUGCCGCGUCCCAGACGCCGCCGACCGCGGUCAUGUCAUGCGCGACACGGACGGCAGUGACAGUCGUGACCGUCCGCAACACACGCAACAGCGCGCCGAUCUAUAUGCAGCGAUCGCAGGGCUGAUGGAGGGAGCACGGAUCGCGCAGCAAGGGUUGCCGCAUUCGCGUGGUGCGGGCAGGGCUCCGGCGCCGUUCAAGCUACACCAUAUUGUGGUAAAGAGCGAUUCGGCGUACCUUGUGGAGGGUGUGUCGGGCGGAAGGAAUGGAGAGCCACCGCAUAUGAAAAAGUGGUUGGCCAACGGGUGGAAGAAUACCAAGGGAGAAAAGGUCAAGAACGAGGACUUGUGGGACAAUCUGAUGCUUACGAUGAUGUCGCUCGGCAAGCUGAGCGUGGCGGUAGAGUUCUGGCAGGUUCCGAAGAAGGAGAACAAGGAGGCGGACAGGUUGGCAAAAUACGCGCUCGAGCAGGACGUGAACUGGUUUGACGAGAAGGGCAUUUUUGGCAAAGAUGAGCACAAGGGCGAUAAAAAGAAACCUGAGACGGCCAAGGAUGAGCUGGUAGAAAUGGAAUGA